AUGAAAUUUCAAAAUUUUAAUAUAGAACCAAGAACACCUUUAAAAUAUGGCGGAAAAGAAGGCAGGUCGUUAUCUUCAUUAAGGGGAAGCAUACCAAUAUCAACAAGUAGUAGUUGUAGCAGUACUUGUGCCCCAAAUACCAAAGAAAAAGAAACAAAAAUAAUACAGAAGCAAAACGCUGAAUUAGUUGAAAAAAUAAGAGAAGUUCCAAAUUAUAUUUUUCAUAAUAAAACUAAAGUAAUAGAAGUUCCGGAAUUGAGAUUUAUAGAUAAAAUUGAAUACGAUCCCCAAGUUAUUGAAAAAAUAAAGUAUGUCCCGAAAGAAGUUACUAAAUAUAAUAUUAUAGAAAAAAAAGUAAUAAACAAUAUUGUAACAGAAAAAAAAGUGGACGUUCUUCAGGUACAAGAAAAAAUAAGAUUUAAAGAUCAGGAAAUUGUAGAAGAGGUUUAUCAUUAUGUUGAUAAAGAUAAUAACAGAUUUAUUAAUAAACAAGGUAUAUCUACAGAAAAUUAUACUUCAUCAAAGGAUAAAGGUGUGAAUGAGAAAUUUGACCAACUAACCUAUCAAUAUAUAAAUAAUAAUAUUAAUACCAGUAAUGAUAUUGAUUAUACCAAAAGUUGCGGAAGCCAGUUACCACCACUCAUGGAACCAUUUGGUCCACAAGUAUAUUUAGGAGAGAAUAAAACAUUUGAAAAUAUAUUCAUACCAAAAGUGGAAAAAGUUGUUGAAGUUAAAAAAAAAAUUGAUAUACCAAUAAAUUUACCAAUUCCUUAUAUAGUACCCAAACCUAAAGUAAUCGAUGUUGAUGUUCCAGUUUUUAAAUUUAAUGAUACAUAUGUUCCAGUUCCUGUUCGUCAAAGAAUAAUACCAAAAGUUACAUGGAGUGAUAAAGUUUAUAAAGUAGACUGUUUAGUAGAAAAACCUUAUUUAGUUUAUCAUAAUAUAAUAAAAGUGGUACCAACUGAUUCUAAAAUUACUAUUCGAGAAUAUCCAAAGGGAAUAAAUAAAAUAAAUACAGAAGAAUUAUAUGAAGCUGAUAACUUAGCACUAUGGAUGAGAGUAAAUGCUGAUUUGAAACACGAGAAGGACAAAUUAAAGAAAACACAAGACAGUUUAUCUGAUCAUACGUGUGAAUGUUCUGAUUGUGAUACUUAUGAACAAAAUUCAAAUUCUGAGCUAAAUUCAUCACAAGAUGCAACUACCAUUAAAUCUUCAAAUGAAAAUCUUUUAAGUACACUCCCAUUACAUCCUGGACAUCCCCUCGAAAUAACUCACUUACAAAACAAAUGGAUUAAACAAGAAACCACAAGGAUUCCAGAAUUAUAUGAAGAAAAAUUUUUAGACGCUAACAGAAAUGCUGUAUUUAAUUUAUCUACACAAAUUCCCCGUGAAGCGGAAAUAGAAGCUAAACAAAUGUUCCAAAUGCAGAAGCAGAUGGAUAAGAGAGAGUUGAACACGAUUUCGGGAAAACUAUUUUAA